GUGGGCUUCGCGCUAGCGUCCAUCUUCAGCUACAUUACUGAGCGAGCUUGACGGAAAGAAAACACAAUCUUGAAGUAAAGAACACUUUCUGGAACUGCUUUCUGUAGCACCUGGGACAGGACAGAAGGACGCGCAUAUCUCAGACAACUUCGUGACAGACGGAAUGUGGACAGUGUCGUAGUCAGAGCCAUGGCUGACAAGAGAAAACUUCAAGGUGAGAUCGACCGAUGUUUGAAAAAAGUGGCUGAAGGUGUAGAACAGUUUGAAGAUAUCUGGCAAAAGCUCCAUAAUGCAGCUAAUGCAAACCAGAAGGAAAAAUAUGAGGCUGACCUCAAGAAAGAAAUCAAGAAGUUGCAGCGACUGAGAGAUCAGAUAAAGACAUGGUUGGCCUCAAACGAGAUCAAAGACAAACGGCAGCUAGUCGAAAAUCGCAAACUCAUAGAGACGCAAAUGGAGCGAUUCAAAGUGGUGGAGCGAGAAACAAAAACGAAAGCGUACUCAAAAGAAGGUUUAGGCCUUGCUCAGAAAGUGGAUCCAGCUCAAAGGGAGAAGGAAGAGACAGGGCAGUGGCUGACGAGUACAAUAGACACGUUAAACAUGCAGGUGGAUCAGUUUGAGAGUGAGGUGGAGUCUCUCUCUGUUCAAACAAGAAAGAAAAAGGGUGAUAAAGAGAAGCAGGAUCGUAUUGAUGAGUUAAAGCGGCUAAUUGAGCGACACAGGUUUCACAUUCGCAUGUUGGAAACUAUUUUACGAAUGCUGGACAAUGACUCGGUGCCAGUGGAUGCAAUCCAGAAGAUCAAGGACGAUGUUGAGUACUACAUAGAUUCCUCCCAAGAACCGGACUUUGAAGAAAAUGAGUUCCUGUAUGAUGACUUGGACCUAGAAGACAUCCCUGCAGCUUUAGUUGCCACUUCUCCAUCAGGUCAAGGCAACGUUGAAGACGAGAUGUACCUCCACUCCAGCAGCACUCCCACUUCUACCACGUCCUCUUCUCCCAUCCCUCCAUCCCCAGCCACUUGCACUGCUGAGAACUCAGAGGACGAUAAGAAAAGGGGACGGUCGACAGAGAGUGAAGUUAGUCAGUCACCUGUGAAGAACGGCGCUCCCUCCUUGCUCUCCUCCUUCUCUUCCUCCACCACCUCGGGCUCCUCCUCGGCCUCGUCCCUCGUGUCCAUGGCCAGUGUCGUUGGGGGUAUUCCACCAGUUCCUACGAGCAGCAGUCUAAUAGGAAGCUUUAGCAGCGCUGUGCAACAGCAUCAGCAUCAAUCUGCACAACCGCAGCAACAACCUCAGAACCAGCAGCAGCAGCCACCUCUGACCAAACCAUCAGCUCCCUCGAACAACACCCCCAGUCCACCCAGCAACCCGCUACUCCCGGCCUCCACCACCCCCUCUCUCCCCACACCCAGCACACCUAUUUCAUCUGCUGUCAACUCUCUGUCUCAGCCUACUUCGGGGUCCACACCAGGAUCCAGCUUGGGACUUGGAUUGGGGCUGGGAUUGAGCAAAGGUGGCAUGACGGGGACCAGCACUGCCAACCAAAUGUCAGGAUUGGGCCUGAGUGGCCACCCCACACCUCUAAAUACAAUGGCAGGCCUCAUUUCAGGAUCCACUCCUGCACCUUAUGCUCAGGCUGCGGCAUCUGGUGGUUUAGGUUUAAGUGGCACCACCCAAUCCAGCAUUUCAGUGGAGAGCAGCACUUCUAUCACAACCUCUGGCUCCAGUGGAGUCACUACCAACGGGGCAGGGACGGGGCUUGGUCUGCUGGGUUCCAGUCCGGCCCAUAGCUCUCUGAGUGGCAGCAUAUUGGGUUUAGUUCCUGGGCAAAGUGUCACCCCUGGUGCGUCGCAGCUGCCCCCAAGUUCAGUCAGCACUACACCAGGAGUGGUGGGUAUGAUGGGAGGAAACGGAGGAAGUGUUGGUGUGGUCGGAGCGGUGAACGCCACCCCUGCGAGACCGCCCAGUGGACUGAAGCAGAACGGAAGCACAAGCUAUAGUGCCGUGGUGGCUGAGAGUUCCACAGAAUCGGCUCUAAGCACACCCAGCCAGUCACAAAGCAGUCAGCCCUCUUCUCUCAGCUCGUCCACCAGUCAGCAACUGGACAAUGGCCCCAGUUUAAUCAGCUCCAUCACGCUGCCUCCAAGCUCUCCGUCACCCUCGUUUUCGGACAGCACACCUGGUGGAGGGAGUCUUCUGAACGGACCUCAUUCGUAUACACAAGCAUCCGAUGGUCUGAAGGCUCCUGAACCGCUCAGUUCACUGAAGGCGAUGGCCGAGAGAGCUGCUCUGGGCUCAGGUUUGGACGGAGAAAUGUCUAACCUGCACAUAACGGACAGAGGUCGGAAUGACAUCUUCUCUUCAUCAGCACCAGGUACACCUUCUGCUCCUCAGCCGUCUGUGUCAGAAGUCAGCAUCCCACCCUCACUUGGGGUGUGUCCACUGGGCCCCACCUCCCUCCCCAAAGACCAACUGUACCAACAGGCCAUGCAGGAGGCAGCGUGGACGCACAUGCCACACCCCUCCGACUCUGAGAGGAUCAGGCAAUAUCUGAUGAGGAACCCGUGUCCCACCUUGCCGUUCCAUCACCAGAUCCCCCCCCACCACUCUGACUCCAUAGAGUUCUACCAGAGACUGUCCACAGAGACGCUCUUCUUCAUUUUCUACUAUCUGGAGGGCACCAAGGCGCAGUACUUGUCUGCCAAGGCUCUGAAGAAGCAGUCGUGGAGGUUUCACACCAAGUACAUGAUGUGGUUCCAGCGGCACGAGGAGCCCAAGACUAUCACUGACGAAUUCGAGCAGGGCACUUACAUUUACUUUGACUACGAAAAAUGGGGCCAGAGGAAGAAGGAGGGGUUCACCUUUGAGUACAGGUACCUGGAGGACAGAGACCUGCAGUGACGGACGAAGGGAUACGGACGGACAGAAAGACAAAACAUACUGCUGUUGACAUUCCGAGACUGAACUCUAAACUGUGGAUAGAGAUUGUGAUGUGUAGUAGAAACCCUCUCUGAAAAAAAAAGUGGAGGCUGGUGUCUGUAUAGGCUGCGUCUCACGCGAGGCCCUCAACGUUUAUCCAGCGUUGCGCUCUUGACGACUUGGCCCCAUGGGCCCGCUCAACCACAGCGCUGCAUGAGCCGAGAGGACUCGCUGGAGACUUUGCGUUUGUGCCUGUCUGUGUGCACACUCAGUAUGUGGCAUUAGGAAGCCUCCCCGUGCAUGUUUCUCAUGUUUUCUUUUGCUUUUUCCGUUUCAACAAGAUUCUCUGUACCACCGACCCAACAUGAGCCUGGAAGCCUUUGACUUGACACAAACAACUUGGGACUUGAUUGUUGAUGAUACUGCCCAUCAUGUAUUUACUGUGAUUUGGUGGUCAACAAAGGGGAAGUAGAGUGGAUGGUUAGCGAUGCUGUAUAGAGGUGGCUUCUGUUAAGACCUGUUAUGCCUGUUAAAUGCGUUCACUGCUGGCGAGCAGCUGCCACUAGUUGGACGCUGCCGCGGCUGAUAGAGUAGGCUGAAUUUAGAGCGACCACAGGGCCUCUCCCUGUGACAGGGACAGAGUCCUUAUUGGACAUGGAUAAAAUUGCUAUGCAAUUGAACUGGUCUCUGACUCCCUCUCUUUAAUGAUGGUUUGUGUUUAAGUUCACCUGUCCAACAUCCAUGUUGUUCAGUUUUGUUUUGUUUUCUGGGGGGGAGGGGUUGAUUUGUUCUGGAGUUCAUGAACUUGAUGUUUAUAAUUUCAUCUCUGAGGAGUACACAUCUUCCUCUGUGUACAAAAAAGAACCUUUUGCAUUUUACCAAAAUGAUUUGACCAUGGGAUCCACCUUUUUUUUUUUAAAUAAAAAUGUUUUAGUCAUUAAAAAGAAUCUACAUGUGUUUGCGUCAGUGUCACUUAUUUCUGCUGUUGAUGUUAACUCCACAACACCGACCUGAGACUGCAGGUCCGGUCCACUCCCAGUGAAUGUGCACUGAAACUGUUUACAUGUAGAACAACAUCCAAAUCUACAGUUCUGCUGGGACACGAAGAAACUUGGGUCACUUGUGGAGCUUAACGUGGACUGACUUUGAUUUGCCGCACUUGUGAAAAUAUAGCUCUUAUCUUUUUUUGUGCAGGCAGUGAGGUUUUGAAAUAAAUCCAAGACAACUUUGCCUUCGAUAGAUUCUAUUUUCAGAUGGGGUCCAGGUCUUCACUACAGGGGGAAGAGUGUCCAUUGGUAAUAUUGCAAAAAAUGUGAAUUUCCAGUCAUUUACAGUUUGUUUCCUCAUCUCAGUUCUGCAUGGGAGAUGUCAACAGGGUUAUAACAGGAUUGUACAAUUUC